UCACAGAACUAUUUGUCCAUCUUCUCAAAUAUCACAUCAUGAAAAAUCAAAGAAAAUUUCAUCACGUAAUUCCAAGCUUUUGACAAAUACACACCACGAGUAUAUAUCCCUGAUCAUUUCUCCAUUCUCAAUCAAUCUCGAUUCCAAUUCGAAAAAAUGAGUUUCUUCAAAUCCUUUUUUGCAAUUUUUAUGCCUCUUCUGUUCAUCCACAGUUAUGGGAUAAUGAUCACCGUUCAAAACAACUGUCCCUACACUGUCUGGCCCGCCGCCGUGUCCGGCAAAGCAGUGGCCGGUCAAGGUCGCCGCCUCGACAGUGGCCAGACAUGGACGCUCCUCUACCCUUCAACGAAGUUAGUCAAAAUCUGGGCUCGUACUAAUUGCACGUUUAAUUCAUCGGGUAAGGGUAAUUGCCUCACCGGAGACUGCGGCGGCUUGCUUGAAUGCAAAGAGUUAGGUGCAUCUCCGGUGACUGUAGCCGAAUACGGCCUGAACGAUUUCGCCAGAAAAGACUAUUACGAUAUCUCUGUGAUGCACGGGUUUAACGUGCCGAUAUCAUUGACCCCUACUUCAAAUGGAUGCACCAAGAGCAUAAGAUGUGCGAGGGAUCUUACUGCGGAGUGCCCGAACGUAUUGAGAACUCCCGGCGGAUGCCAUAAUCCUUGCACGGUUUAUAAGACGAAUGAGUACUGCUGCGGCGUCGGGCGGUGCCAGCCGACGGAUCUCUCGAGGUUCUUCAAGAUUCGGUGCAAGGACGCCUUCACGUAUCCCGAGGAUGAUCCCACUAGCACUUUCACUUGCCCCCCCGGAACCAAUUACAGGGUUGAGUUCUGUCCUUGAUGGGUUCAACAACGGCGACGGAAUUUGGCCGGAGAAAUUGGUAAAGUAGAAUUAUAAAGAUAUGGAAUAAGAAUCUAGUGAUGUAUACUUGUGAGGUAACCAGCCAUUAUAUGGUGGAGUAUUGCCUAUAUUCUUGUAGAGUAAUUAACUUGUUUUGAUGGAACUUGCUUUGAUAUAUGUUGUUUAUGUUUUUGGGAGUUGUUAAAAAGAUUGUUGUUUUUGGUAUUU